CAAGCUGGAGUAGCUCCAUCAAUCGCUGCCGCAAGCCUGCAGUGCGUCACGCUCACGCGACACGCACCGCUCCGCCUCCUUCUCCUUCUCCUUCUCCUUCUCCUUCUCCAGCGCAUAUAUACGGCGGAUACGGGCAUGGUGACAAGCACAUAGUACGCAGCGCAGAGGUCCACCAAGGAUGGCGCCCAAGGUUCAGAACCGGUGCCCGAGUCCGACGGCCGUGCUCCUGCUGGGCGCCUGCCUCGCCGCCGCGGUGGCAGCGCUCGGUGCCGCAGACCACGACGCCACGGCCAGCAGGCCGCCGCCGGUGCCGCUGCCUGGCGACGGAGGCGCCCGGCGCGUCCUCGUCGCCAACGGGCUCGGGCUGACGCCGCAGAUGGGGUGGAACAGCUGGAACCAUUUCCAGUGCGGCAUCAACGAGGCGGUCGUCCGGCGCACCGCUGAUGCGCUCGUCGCCACCGGACUUGCAAAGGCUGGCUACAAGUACGUCAACUUAGAUGACUGCUGGGCGGAUUACCAAAGAAACAAAGAGGGAUACAUGGUCGCUAAUCCCAAGACAUUCCCGUCCGGAAUCAAGGCCCUGGCAGAUUAUGUUCACAGCAAGGGGCUUAAGCUUGGCAUCUACUCUUCAGCUGGGACAAGAACUUGCAGCAACAGGAUGCCCGGAUCUCUGGGCCACGAGGACAAGGAUGCUAAAACGUUUGCGUCAUGGGGUGUUGACUACUUGAAGUAUGACAACUGCUACAGAGACGGCACGCCUGAAACCGUGAGGUUUGGGCGCAUGUCUCGCGCGCUGAAGAACUCUGGCCGCCCAAUCUUCUUCUCACUUUGCGAAUGGGGCUACAUGGAAGUGCCCAAAUGGGGUGGCAUGUACGGCAACAGCUGGAGGACCACCGGCGACAUCAACGACACUUGGUCAGGCAUGCUGGACAACAUCGACCGGAACGACGCCUACGCCCGGUACGCCAAGCCUGGCGGUUGGAACGACCCUGACAUGCUGGAGGUCGGGAACGGAGGGAUGGCGUACGACGAGUACGUCGUGCACUUCAGCCUCUGGGCCAUCGCCAAGGCUCCCCUGGUAAUCGGCUGCGACUUGACGAGAGUUUCCAAGGAGACGCUGGGGAUCCUCUCCAACGCAGAGGUCAUCGCGAUUAACCAAGAUCGGAUGGGUGUCCAGGGGAAGAAAGUGAAGAAGUAUGGCAACGAUCUCGAGGUAUGGGCUGGGCAGCUCUCCCGCCACAGGAAGGCGGUGCUGCUGCUCAACCGGGGGACGACGAGCUCCGCGUCCAUCACGGCGGCAUGGCCGGACGUCGGCAUCCGCCGCGGCGUCACCGUCGAGGCCAGGGACGUCUGGAAGCACGAGACGCUCCCGGGCAGGUUCACCGGCAGCCUCACGGCGGUGGUCGGGCCGCACUCGUGCAAGCUCUUCGUCCUCACGCCCGUUCCUCGCUGACGACGGCGCCGCUGGAGAGAUCCAUCCGUCGAUGUGGCCGUGGAUGUGGAUCCUGCUAGAAGCUAAACGUGUAUGAUUGCAGAUUCUUAUCGUGUUGUGACUGCUCCGACAACAAGAGCCCACCAGCAUCUGUCGGUGAUUUGGUAGUGAAUAGUGAUUUGACAUGGUGCAAGUGCAACGCUCAGAUUGGAGAUCGAAUCCAACAUGCCGAAUAAAUUAGACCAACAACUUCCCUACCCUACCCAUAUACAUGCAGUUGCUCGCCACCAUCGAAAGAACAGAGCAAUUCAAACCUGUUAGCGCCGUUUCA